UCAUCUUUAUAUGUUAUUCGGAAGUGUGACGUCUGAGCCAAUAUACUGCACCUACGUCUGAGCGCAGAGCAACCACGCAUAAUGAGCAGCUUCCAGGGACGGAUGAGAGAGUACCCGUUCCUAUCCAUCGAUCGUUUCGACGGGGAAAACCUAAAGUCCUCAGCAUUUUUCCUCUCGCACUGUCACACAGAUCACAUGGUUGGUCUUGGAGAACAAUGCUUUUACGAGCAGAUAAAAUUCCGAAAGGAUGUGAAACUUUAUGCAUCAGAUGUAACAAAGAGGUUACUGGCCAGCGCUAGGAAGUGGAAGUACAUAGCCAAGUGCAUAGAAGUGUUGCCCGUAGGCGAGCCUACAACGAUACGUGUGACGAUGAACCACACGGCAAAGGUAGAGGAGUUGACGGUGACACUGCUGCCGGCCGGCCACUGCCCCGGCUCCACCAUGUUCCUGUUUGAGGGCUCCACUGGCACGGCGCUCUACACGGGCGACUUCCGCCUGCAUUGCGGCGAUGUCGCUCGCAUCAGACACCUGCACGACGGUGACAGAGUGAAGGACAUAGAGAGCCUAUACGUCGACACGACGUUCUGCAUCCCCGAAGCCACGCACAUCGCCACGCGAGACGAGAGCACGGCCGCCAUCUUCUCUCUCGUCGAGCGCUGGAUCACGCAGAGCAAGCGCCACCUAGUGUGGCUCAACUGCAAGUCUCAGUACGGCUACGAGAGUCUGUUCAUUGACCUUCACAGGAGGUUUGGCAUGAAGGUGCACGUUUGCCGAUGGCAGCUGGAAAAGUAUAGCGAAGUGCCGGAGAUCCAGGGCGCGCUGACAACCGACCGACAAUCAACGCAGAUUCACACGUGUAAAGUGCCUCCGAAGUUCACGUGCUGCCGCCGGGACGACGGUGGCGCCACCGUGAGGGUCAUGGUCGUCAAGCCGUCUAUGAUGUGGUUCGCUCAGCACGUGAGCGUCGCCGAGGUCGUGAGGUCGUCGCCGGCGCGCGACCGCCACCGCGUCUGCUUCUCCUCGCACGCGUCCUACGCCGAGAUACGCGACAUGGUGCGCCACCUACGCCCGCGCAACGUCCACCCGAACGUCGUUCCCUGCGGCUCCACGCUGGAACAGGUAAAGAAGAGACUAGAAGAUUUUAAGAAAGAUUUGGAAUCCAGCUGCCAUGACACGGGUGACGAGGAUGGAGGCCCUGACUACGGAACUCUGGGAACCUUGCAGAAUCACGUCAGAAUACUUCCAUCCGACGGCGAGACAAGCAACAGUUUGACGUUCGACGAAACUCCGCCGCAGGUUGAGCAGGAGGUGGCGCCAUCUGAGAUUCAAUACGAGGGAUUCAAGAUGAUCUGCACGCCGACGAAAUGUGGCGGCGGUCGCGACGAUUCGCAGAGUUCUGGAGAGCAGCAGUCACAGGCAACAUACAUAAGUGACAGCGAUAGCGAGGAGGAGGAGGCGGCAGAG